AUGUUCUUCCUCACCACUCUCAUGGCUGCAUGCGCGCUCGGCGCGCAGGCGGUGCCCGUCGCCCCGCCGCCGGCGUCGACGAUCUACGUCCCGCACAUCUUGUCGCCGAACGCGACGACAGUAUGGACGACGGGGCAGAAGGUCAACAUCACUUGGGAUGCCUCGGACGCGCCGGCCGUCAUCAACAAUGAGGGGCUUGCGGUCCUCGGGCAUGGUGCUCCCUGCGAGACCUUGGCGGAGAAUUUCGACCUCCGCAAGGGCUGGGUCGAGGUGACCGUUCCCAGGGUCGAUCCAGCCAAAGACUAUACUAUCACCCUAUUCGGCAACUCGAGCAACAUCAGCGAGGAGUUCACCAUCAAGUUCGGCCGCUGGCACCCGUGGUAG